UUUAAUAGCAGGGACAAAGUCUGUCUAGAUUUAAGUCCAGGCAGCCAAGCUGCAGCCGGUCCCUGGUGUCGCAGCCUUGCCCCGAGACCCGGCCUCCCCAGGUCCCAUCCUGACCCUCUGCCAUCACACAGCCAUGCAGGGGGCCUGCGUGCUGCUGCUGCUGUUGGGCCUGCAGCUACAGCUCUCCCUCAGCCUCAUCCCAGUUGAGGAGGAAGACCCCGCCUUCUGGAACCGCCAGGCAGCCCAGGCCCUCGAUGUGGCUAAGAAGCUUCAGCCCACCCAGACAGCCGCCAAGAAUGUCAUCCUCUUCUUGGGGGAUGGGAUGGGGGUUUCCACGGUGACAGCCACUCGGAUCCUAAAGGGGCAGAUGGCUGGCAAGCCGGGACCUGAGACACCCCUGGCCAUGGACCAGUUCCCAUAUGUGGCUCUGUCCAAGACAUACAACGUGGACAGACAGGUGCCCGACAGCGCAGGCACGGCCACCGCCUACCUGUGCGGGGUCAAGGGCAACUACAGAACCAUCGGUGUGAGUGCAGCCGCCCGCUACAACCAGUGCAGCACGACACGUGGGAACGAGGUCACGUCUGUGAUGAACCGGGCCAAGAAAGCAGGGAAGUCAGUGGGAGUGGUGACCACCACCAGGGUGCAGCACGCCUCCCCAGCCGGGGCCUACGCACACACGGUGAACCGAAACUGGUACUCAGACGCCGACCUGCCUGCCGAUGCCCAGACGAACGGCUGCCAGGACAUCGCCGCACAGCUGGUCUACAACAUGGAUAUUGACGUGAUCCUGGGUGGAGGCCGAAAAUACAUGUUUCCUGAGGGGACCCCAGACCCUGAAUACCCAGAUGAUGCCAGUGUGAAUGGAGUCCGGAAGGACAAGCAGAACCUGGUGCAGGCAUGGCAGGCCAAGCACCAGGGAGCCCAGUAUGUGUGGAACCGCACGGAGCUCCUUCAGGUGGCCAGUGACUCCAGUGUAACACACCUCAUGGGCCUCUUUGAGCCGGCAGACAUGAAGUAUAAUGUUCAGCAAGACGACACCAAGGACCCGACCCUGGCGGAGAUGACGGAGGUGGCCCUGCAAGUGCUGAGCAGGAACCCCAGGGGCUUCUACCUCUUUGUGGAGGGAGGCCGCAUUGACCACGGUCACCAUGAUAGCAAAGCUUAUAUGGCACUGACCGAGGCAGUCAUGUUUGACAAUGCCAUCGCCAAGGCUAACGAGCUCACUAGCGAACUGGACACACUGAUCCUUGUCACUGCAGACCACUCUCAUGUCUUCUCUUUUGGUGGCUACACACUGCGUGGGACCUCCAUUUUCGGUCUGGCCCCCAGCAAGGCCUCAGACAUCAAGUCUUAUACCUCCAUCCUCUAUGGCAAUGGCCCUGGCUAUGCGCUUGGCGGGGGCUCGAGGCCCGAUGUUAAUGACAGCAUAAGCGAGGACCCCUCGUACCGGCAGCAGGCGGCCGUGCCCCUGACUAGCGAGACCCACGGGGGCGAGGACGUGGCGGUGUUCGCGCGCGGCCCGCAGGCGCACCUGGUGCACGGCGUGCAGGAGGAGACCUUCGUGGCGCACGUCAUGGCCUUUGCGGGCUGCGUGGAGCCCUACACCGACUGCAAUCUGCAGGCCCCCGCCACCGACACCGCCACCGCCACCGCCACCGACACCGCCACCGCCACCGGCAUCCCCGACGCCGCGCACCUGGCGACCAGCCCGCCUCCACUGGCGCUGCUGGCCGGGGCGAUGCUGCUGCUGCUGGCGCCCACCUUGUACUAACCCCCACCAGUUCCAGGUCUCGGGAUUUCCCGCUCUCCUGCCCAAAAUCUCCCAGCUCAGGCCCUACCAGAGCUACCACCUCGGGGUCCCCACCCCGAAGUCCUAUCCUAGCGGCCACUCCCGGAGACCCGACCCGGCCCCACCACCAGAGCUUCACCUCCCAGCAGUGAAGGAGCCUCAGCUCACAGCCCCUCAUGGCCCGGCCCAUCCCCGAGGCUGAGGCCCUGAUUUCCCUGUGACACCCGCAGACCUACUGCCCGACCCCAACUUCGGUGGCUUGGGAUAUUGUGUUCUGCCACCCCGAACCCCAGUAAGGGGACUCGGGCCAACCAGACUACCCCUACUGCCCACAGCCCCACCUGAGGACAAAGCUGGCAUGGUCCCAGGGGUCCCAGGCCCGGCUGGAACCCACACCUUGCCUUUCAGGUGACCCUGGGACUCUGGGGUUUCCGGGAGGAGUGGCUUUCCGGGAGGCAUGGUUUCCAAUGGGCGUGGCUUAUUGGAAGCGUGGCUCCCGCCCCUGGAACCCAACCUGUGGUCAUCUGGGGCCCAAGGAGACGUCUCAGCCCAGGAGCUCUGGGGGACCCUGGACAGAGCCCUCAGCAGCCCCUCCUAGGAACCCAACGGUACCAUUACAGAGAGGAGACAGCGACACAGAGGAGAGGAGACGUGUCCCAGGUCCCUCAGCUGCUGUGAGGGCGGCCCUGGUGCCCCUUCCAGGCUGGGGCAUCCCAGUAGCAGCAGGGGACCUGGGGGUGGGGACACAGGCCCCGCCCUCCUGGGAGGCAGGAAGCAGCCCUCAAAUAAACUGUUCUAAGUAUGA